AUGAAAGGCACAGCCCCUUCUAAGGCAAAGGGCCCCCAUAAGAGGCCCCUUGGGGGCUCCUCUAAGGGGGGGCCCCAUGGGGGGCCCCCCAAGGGUCCCCAAAAGGACAGGGGAGGGAAUAACAAGGGAAAGAAGAAGAGGCAAUGGAUACAACCUAAGGAUAAAACAUAUGCAAGAAAACAAUUCUUAAAGGUAAGAGAUGCAAAGGCAAGAAGUGAAUUUUUUAGGUUACAGAAAAAAGAAGCAGCAGCAGCAGCAGCAGCAGGAGAAGCAGGAGCAGGAGCAGGAGCAGCAGCAGCAGCAGGAGGGAAGCAGCAGCAAGCAGCAGCAGUUCCUAUUGCAUCAGCUAGCGAUAAUGAUGCAUUUUUAGAUCAAUUAAUGAAUCCUUUUAGUAAUAAAGAGAAGAAAAAAGAAGAAAAAAUAAAUAAUAUAAAUAAAAAAGAAGAAAAAAUAAAAAAAAGAAAAAUAAAUACAAUUAAUAAUUCAUCUUCCUCUAAUAAUAAGAAAAGAAAUAUAAAUAAGGAAAAAGAAGAAGAGGAGGAAGAAGAUGAUUCUUAUGAUGAGGAAGAAGAAGAAGAGGAAGAAGAAGAGGACGAAGAAGAAGAAGAGGAAGAAGAAGAAGAGGAAGAAGAGGAGGAAGAAGAGGAAGAAGAAGAGGAAGAAGAAGAGGAGGAAAAAGAGGAAGAAAAAGAUAAAAAAGAAGAGGAAGGAAAGGAAUCAUUAAAUAAAAAAAAAGGAUAUAUUCCUUUUAUAAAGGCACAAAAGAUAUAUGAAGCAAAACAAAGAGAGAAAGAAGAAGAAAGAAUAAAAAGAAUAAAAGAAAAGGAAGAAGAAAUAAGAAGAAAAAAAGAAAAAAAACAAUUAAAUAAAUUUGCAUGCAAAAAGUUACAAGCAAGAACAAGAAAAGGACAAUUAAUUAUGGGUAAUGUUCUUGAUGUUCUUUUAUUAAAAAUGCAAAAAAAUAAUAGUAAAUAA